GCCGGGCCCGCCAUGGACGACCGCACCGUGGACCGCAUCUUCGCCGGCAGUCUGCAGAACCUGCCGCCCGUCAGUUCCAAGAUUGUGCGCAUCUUCACCUCGUCCACAUUCACAGACACCACCCUGGAGAGGAACACCCUGAUGGCCGAGGCCUACCCCCGCCUGAAGGACUACUGUCGGGAGCGACACGGCCUCGAAUUUCAGGUGGUUGAUAUGCGAUGGGGAGUGCGAGACGAGGCCACGGACGACCACAUGACCACCGAGCUGUGCAUGAAGGAGAUCGACAACUGCCAGCGACUCUCCAUGGGGCCCAACUUUGUGGUGUUUCUCGGACAAAAGUACGGCUACCGCCCGAUCCCGACCUACAUCGUGGCCUCCGAGUUCGUGAUGCUGCGGGACGCGCUGUUGGCGAUGGGCACCGAUGUCACACUGCUGGACACCUGGUACAUGAAGGACACCAACGCCGUGCCGGCCAUCUACAUCCUGCAGCCCAUCUCCUCCAUACUCAUCAACUUCAACAACAAGCGUGUUCCAAAACUCCAGCAGGAAGACCAAGCGACGUGGUGGGAUAAUAUGUGCAAGAUGCAAAAGCUCUUCCGAAAAGCCGCUCAAACCCUGUACUCGACGAAUAAGAUAGACCACGAGGCUAUGCACAACUACUUCAUGGCAGUAACGGAACGCGAGGUGAUUCGCGGCAUCCUCUCCGUUAAAAACACGAAGAACCACUGUCUGGCCUACGUCCGAUACAUCAACAACAUCAAUAUGCAGAACAUCAAGCGGGCGUCAAACUUCAUCGACAUCAUCAACCGCAACAUAGACACAGAGUCGGUGAAGCUGCUGUCGGACCUUCGCGACAACCGGCUGCCAGCGCGCAUCGAGACGACCAACCUUCAGAGGUACACGGUGGAAUGGACGGGUCGGGAGGGACUCGACCUGGACACCCACCAGGAGUACCUGCAGCACUUCAUCACCCACUUCUACAAGAACAUGGUGAAGCUGGUGGACAGAGCUAUGAGGAAGGAGGAUUCGAGCGCGCAGGGCCAGAUCAUCACCGAGCUGCUGCAGCAUCUGCACGCCUGUAACAAUUCCGUCAGGGUGUUUUACGGACGUGAGAAGGAUCUGGAGAAGGUGCGUGCCUACAUCACGGGACCGUCCAGCAAGCCACUCGUCCUGCAUGGCGAGGGGGGCUGCGGCAAGACCUCGCUGCUCGCCAAGUCUGCCUCGCUGUGUUCAGAGUGGCUGGCGCCCAGCAAACCGCUGCUCAUCAUGCGCUUCCUAGGCACGACACCUGACUCCAGUGCGGUGACGCCGAUGCUGAUAUCUCUGUGCCACCAAAUCUCCUACAACCUGAUGCUGCCGUUUGACGACAUUCCUGACGAGAUGGUGCCGCUAACGGCGCACCUCAAGGAGCUGCUGCUGAACGCCACCAAGGAACAGCCGCUGCUGAUGUUCCUGGACAGCGUGGACCAGCUGACUGGGGCCACCGACGCCAACAAGGUCCUCUGGCUCCCCACCAGACUGCCGCCGCAUGUCAAGAUUGUGGUCUCGUGCGUCUAUGAGGAGAACGAUCCGGCCAUCUCCCAGGACUGUGUCACACUCAGGAAGAUUAUCGAGGAGAGCGACAACUUUCUGGAGGUGACCUCACUGGGAUACGACCUGGCCAUGGACGUUAUCAAACGAUGGAUGACAGACGGACACCGAGACCUCAACAACUACCAGAUGCGAAUGGUGAGCAACGCGCUGGGCCGCUGCUCACUGCCCAUCUUCGUGAAGCUGGUGUUUGCCGAGAUCUGCCGCUGGAAGAGCUACUCGCGGCCGCAGGACACGCAUCUGGCCGGAAACGUCAUGGAUUCCAUCAUGAUGCUGUUUGAGAAAAUUGAGAAACAGCACGGCAAGCUGCUGGUCUCACACGCCCUGGCCUACAUCACGGCCUCCAAAUCGGGACUGUCGGAGUCCGAGCUGGAAGACCUCAUCUCGCUGGACGACAAGGUACUGGACGACGUUUACCAGUACCAUCUGCCUCCGGUACGGCGGAUCCCACCGCUACUCUGGACACGGAUCCGGAACGACUUGCCCAACUACCUAUCGGAGCGUGAGGCAGACGGGGUCAGCGUACUAAACUGGUACCACAGGCAGUUCAAGGAAGCAGCCAAGAAGCGCUACUUCACCAACCAGAACUCGAGUCAGUACUUUCACUCGUCCAUUGCCGACUACUUCCUGGGCAUCUGGGGAGGCGGCACACCGAAACCGUUCCGCUUCACCGAGAUACAGCGACACAGAUUUAACCUGAAGGAGAAGGAGGGUGAGGCUGAUCGCAAGGUGCCCCUCCAGCCCCUGGCGUUCCUGGCCAAAGAUGGCACCGUCUCCCGCUACAAUCUCCGCAAGUUUGGUGAGCUGCCGUUCCAUCUGGUGCGAUCUCGCCGGUUCGCCGGCCUGUACGAGCACGUUCUGUUCAAUUACGAGUGGCUGCACGCCAAGAUGUCCUCGUGCCCGCUGCAAGCGGUGCUCAGCGAUUUCGAGGACGCCUGCAACAAUGUUCACGAUCGUGAGGCCUCUAGGGAAAUGAUGCUGGUCGCGGACGCGCUGCGACUGGGCGGCGCCAUCCUGUCCCUGUACCCGGACAUGCUCGCCUGUCAGCUGGUGGGGCGGCUACUGCCCGAGAGGCCGGCCAACGCCAACGUGCGCACCCUACUGGACCAGUGUGACGAGCAGGGCCCGCAGCACUGCGCUCUGCUGCCCACCUACCACUGCCUGCACACGCCAGGUGGACCGCUCAAGUACUCCCUGGAGGGGCACCAGUUCGCGGUGUUUGGAUUCCGGCUGACGGCCGACCUGCGCUACAUCGUCUCCGUCAGCAACAAGUUCGUCACUUGGGACCUGAGCACCAGUGACCUGACCCGCGAGACCAACCCGCGCAUUGAGGGGAUCAUGCAGGGCCUCCAGCUAAGCCCCGACAACAAAUACGCGUCGGCACACAGCAGCAACAAUCAGACUGUGGCCAUCAACCUGAUGACCUCUGAGUACGUGGUGGUAGAGAAUCCGUACCCGGAGUACGACAUCGUCGGCACGCAGCUCUCCAAUAACCGGCUGGUCAUCUACAGUCAGCCGGGCGCCACGCUGUUCGACCUGCGCGGGCAGGAGCUCGAGCGGUGGGACAACACCUCCGGGCAGCAGGUCAUAGCGAUGGAUUUCGUCUCAAGUAGCGAGUACUCGUUCAUCUACCGUGACUCUGACGAGUCGGACUCUGACACAACUCACUACAUGUGUCUGAGCUCGAUACUCGAUGGAAAGGAACUGGAACCGCUCAAGUUCAGCAAUGUCCUGGUAGCGGCACUGCCGGGUCGGGAGCGGGUGUGUACCUGUACAGGUGGGGAGCUGGACAGGACUGUAUCGAUACUCAGCCGCGGCCGACUGCGGUACUCUGAGAUAGAGCUGCUGGAGAACCGCCAGCCCCUGCUGCAGCUCGUGCUGGAUGAUCAGGCCAGCUACCUGAUCGGCACAUUCAUGCAGGGGUUCCAGGUCUGGAACCUGACAACCGAGGUGUCUGAGGGCAAGAAGCGCCCGUGUGUGUCGCUGUACCUGCCACAUGGUAUCAGGAAUGUCAGCUCCCGGCCAAUGCAGUCCAACUCAUGUGUGUUGAGUCUGGAGAAGGACUACGCUGUGGCAGGUGUCAGAAAGAGUCUGUACGUGUGGAGUCUGCGCAACUGUAAGCUGCUGAAGGUGCUGGACGCCCACUUUGGCCGCAUCAUUCACACCACCUCGCUGACAGUGGGCACCUGGAACUCGGUCAUCACGUCCUCUCUGGACCGCACGGUGAAGGUGUGGAACAUCAACAACAUCUUCGAGCAGGUGUACCACAUCGACCGGCACGAGAUGCAGGUGGACGCCAUCAGCCUCUCUCAGAAGCGGGACAUUGCUGUGACAGUAGCCCGCAGCUGUGUGGGCAUCUGGCACCUGAAGCUGGGAAAGCUCCUCAACCGGCUGGCCGACCAGCCUCUGGGGGCCAUCGUCACACACGCAGAGGUCACCAAAGACGGCAGCUAUAUCGUCAACACGGAGUCGGGAAACCUGCUGAUCUGGGACGUGGCCACGGCCGAGGUUCUGUUCCGCACGGAGGAGAAGAACGUCAAGCAGCUGACUCUGUUCGAUCACGACACCAAGUUCAUCACCGUCUGCAAGUCAGGCGCGAUCGGAGAGAACAAGUGUGUGGUACAGGCGCGUACGAUACCAGACGGAGAGCGACUGUACCGGGUCGAGUACCCGAUCCGGCUCCUGAGGAACGUCGUGGUCACCUCCGACAACACCCACCUAGUACUAGCCGGGAACGAGGCUCUCAAAGACACUCUGUUCGUCUACAAUGCCACCUCCGGGACCCUCAUCAACAAGAUCGUACUCAAGUACGCCAAUUACAAGGACUUCCAUCAGAUUGUGGUGAUGCCAAACAAGCCGUCUCAGGUGGCGCUGAUCGACUCCGACAAGGGGAACAUUUUGGACGUGCGCACCCGGCGGUUCCUGCGCUCGGUGCCGCGCUGGAACGGGUCCGUCACACGCGACGGCAAGUACGGCCUGUUCGCACCGGCCCGCGGAGGGCUCGAGGUGAUUGAGCUGCGUCACGGUACCAGUGUGCGGACGCUGAUCCCGCGCGUGGCCGAGGGCGUGUUCAGCGUCAUCACCCGCUUCACCAAGACGGAUCGCUACGUGCUCUACUACCACAGCGGCAGCAAGACCAUCCGCGUCUUCAGGAUGGCUGACGGUCAGAUGGUAUCCAACUACCGUGUCUCGGCCGAGCUGACGGCCAUAGACAGCUCGGAUGACGGCACCACUAUCGUACUGGGGACGGUGGACGGAUGCCUGACCUGUCUGACCGUGGCUGACCCCAAGGUCGCCCAGAUGACCGGCUAUGUCACCCGGCUGCCCUCCAGGAGCGAGGAGGCCUGGAGAGCCGUCGAGGAGCACGCCAAGGAGAUGACUCGAUUCGCCGAGCCCGUCACGCCGGAGGACGACUGAGCGAGCAACUGAGGAGUGAAGGACAAAAUGUUCGACAGAGCGUGGGUUCGAUUCUCAGCAGUUCCAGUGAUUUUACCGAGGUCUUUGUUGCCGGUGUGACGAAGAAGCAUGUUACAUAUUUUUCUGAAGCGAUAUGUUGAUGUAUGCCGGUCAGGUAUAUUUUUUUCUGAGAUAUUUACACCAAAAAUUGUAGAGGCUGGUUGCCCGUAUGGUGUAAUUAAAGAUUUAUCUGUCAUACAACCAUGUUUUAGAACGAUAAAAUAUGCAACUCGUAUAGGUAGUGUAAAAGAAACAUAUCACCUCAUAGCAAUGCAAACCAUGAUCUCCAACGUUUUUAUGUUUUCAUCUUGUCUGUUAUCACAUUAGAUAAUGGGUAUGUGAUAAUGCUACGCGACACGUUACGUUAUGACUUAUGUGAUUGUUUUCAUUUUGUGCUCGUGUUCAGUGUUAUAUACCUAUAGUAAAAGUAGGACAGUAUUUUCAGCUUUAUCAAAGCAUCGUGCAAGGUGUAAAAACAUAGGCAGAUACGAAUUCUUCCCUUUUAUGGGCAAACGAUACCUACAGGUGGUAGUUGGUACCUAUGUAUAUACAUACUGAUACUGGACACAAAUAGACAUGCUACGCCAUAUGAAGGUACACUGGUAGGUAUAUAACUAUGUAGGUGCCGUAACGUUGUUGAACGUAGUGGCCAAAGUGGCCCAAGCAACUGUAAUGUAUCCGUAUGCCGAUAUUCAUGCAUAUUUGGCCAUUAGGCAUUAUAUUGGCCCGAGAUUAGCGAGAAGCUGUCCGAAGAUGUGCACAUUUUUCGAACCAAUAUACCGUACGUAUUUUACAGUCAUAUUGUAGUAAUUAUGGAGGCAUGUGUGCUGUGUACUGUGUGAGGUAUGAGUAGGUGUAUAUCACGUCGCAUCACAACAGUUGGUCGGUAUCUCCAUUCUUCAGAUAGCUUUGCCUUGACAGUGUCGGAAACAAAGUACUAUGCACAAAAUAGAAAUACAUAUCAGCCGAGCAGC